ACAUAGCUUAUUACUUCACUGCGCAUCUUGCUAUCGUGAGUAAAAUAAAACCGUUUACCGGUAGCUUCAACGAAAGCGGUGGUGAUUCAAGUGACAUAAUGUCGGUUCCUAAUUUUAAAGUUUCUAAAGUGCAGAUAAGCUUGGACGGUAAAGUUUGUGAAGUAGAAUGGAAAGACGGUCACCUAAGCAGAUACAACGUUAAAUGGUUGCGAUUCAACUGCCAGUGUAAACGAUGCAAACCAGACUUAUGUGCAACGUGUACCGUGGAUGUUCCUCGCUACACUGACGAUUUCAGAAUGGUAGAAGCAAAAAUAUCUGAAGACGGUGAUUCACUUGCCAUUAAGUAUAAUGGUGAUGCAGUAUUGGACCAUGUUGGUGUAUUGUCCCUUGAGUGGCUUCGUUCGUCUUGUUACUGUGACCUCUGUCUUUCGGAGCUUGUGGAAAGCCGUGAUGUCAUCACAAAGUCAAUGUCAAGAUCAAAAACAGAGAUUCCCUCAGUUGAAUAUUCUGAAUUGAAAGACAACGACAGUGGUUUGUUCAAGAUGCUUGAAUUGUUUUUCGAGUUUGGAUUCUGUAGAGUGAGGAAUGUUUCAAGGAAUGAUAGGAUGAUUAUAGAGUUUGGAUCAAAGAUUGGAUUUAUUCGAACGGCAACCACAUCUGGCGAUCUAUUCAAUGUUUUUCCUCACUUUACUGACAACGUGGCAUUCACUGACAAAGAGUUGUUACCACAUAUGGACCAACAGAUAUACGAAUACACACCUGGUAUUCAAAUAAUUCACGCUUUACGGUUUGAUAGUGAAGUCACAGGAGGUGAUUCUCAAAUAGUUGAUAUGUUUGAGGUGGCUGAAACAUUAAGGAAAGAAAAUCCAGAAGAUUUUGAAGUUCUUACCCGAAUUCCGGCCACUUUUACCAAGAUAAAUUACAACUGGAAGGUGGUGGGGGUGAAUUGGCAUCCUGGGUUCUUAUCAACACCAAUUGUUCGUGAAAAUGACGUGGAGAAAUAUUACAAAGCACAUCGGAAGUUUGCGCUUAUCGUAGAACGAGAUGAUCUUGCUGGAAAAUAUAAGUUCCGCAUGCAGCCUGGUGACUUGCUGGUGGUCAACAAUCGUCGAAUGUGCCACGCUAGAACAUCGUUUCAACUAAACGGAGGGUGGAGGCAUUUACAGGCUUGUUUUGUAAACCUUGAUGAUGUAAAGAGCACGUACAUGAUCCUGGCAAAGAAACUUGGAAUAAAAGUGAUUCCUCCUAAAGUUGGGAAUACAAGUUCCAUUUGAAUGAAGCAGCAAAGCUAUUUUACCAAUAUAAAUGUAUAUACUUUAUUAUUAAUAUAUUUUACUUAAUAUUUUGGAAUGCUUUUUUUAAAGACUAGUUUAUAUGUUUAAAACUAACUUCAUGUUUGUAUGAAAAAAAUGUGCUACAACCCAGGUGUUGCAUCUCAAAGGUCCCGAACCAUUGAAUACUUACCUCAUUUUUAAAUAUAAAUAAAGGAACAUGAUGACCCCAUUCAUUUUAUGAAACCCUACUGGGGUGAAGCCACGGCAUCAGAUACCGAGCCACGGCAUCAGGUAUCAUGCCACAGGGCCAUGGCAGGGGACACUAGGCCGUGGCAUCAAAUAAUAAGCCAUGGCACCAGACACUUGAAGCCAUGACCCACAGUUUAGGUUCAAUAGUAUUGUAGACAUUUCUCUUAUAACUCCAAAUACCAAUCAGAGUUUAUGGAGCUCAAUAUAUUCUAUAUUUGUUUGCGUUGCCGACCCAUUUGAAUAACAUCAGUCACAUGUUAUGUAUACUCACUGUAUAAAUCGAAAGCAAAAUCGCGACUGUAUCGGAUAUCGUGUAUAUUGUAUACGUUGUUAUAUCAGAAGUUUAGCAGAGUAACGCCCUUUUAAGAUAUCGCAGUUUAAGCUAUAUAUUCGCUUGUACAAAUUAACCGGGUUAUUUUAUAUAUGUAUUCUAAUUGAAUAAGGCAUGCAGAGUACGUUGAAUAAGUAGGCAUGCCCACUGUUGCAAUCUAUGUACCGUCAAAUACGAAUCAGCAAUAAAGAUAUACUCAGAUA